AUGACUACAGUAUCGAUCCCCAAACAACAAAAGGCUGCGGUCAAAGUCGGCGAGGGAGCUGACGCCAAAGCUCCCGUCCAACAGGUCGACGUACCGACUCCGGGACCUGGGGAAAUUCUCGUCAAGAUCAACUGGCAUUCCUUAAUCAAGGAUGAGUGGGCUUCGUUUGGGCUAUCCAUGCUACCAGCCACAAAAGGCAUUGCCGGCCACGAGGGUGCUGGCGUCGUUGUUGCGGUUGGAGACAACAUGCACCAUAAGUGGAAGGUUGGAGAUCGUGCCGGUAUUAAAUGGGUCUGGGGUACUUGUGGCGAGUGUGAGUUCUGUACGAACGGUGUCGAUGAGCUCCAUUGCCCGAACCAGAAGAACUCGGGCUUCAGCCAGGCUGGGACAUUCCAAGAAUACGCUCUGAGCGACGGAAGAUACACCACUCGCAUUCCAGAAGGUGUUAGCGACGAGGAGGCCGGGCCUAUCAUGUGCGGAGGAGUUACAGCAUAUACGGCUUGCAAACGAAGUGCUGUGAAGCCCGGGCAGUGGAUUGUGCUUCCGGGAGCUGGUGGCGGUCUUGGCCACUUCGCAGUACAGUAUGCCAAAGCCAUGGGCAUGAGGAUCAUCGCCAUUGACGGCGGAGACGAAAAGCGUGACCUUUGCAAACGGCUGGGCGCUGAGGAGUUUAUUGACUUCACCAAGACCCAGGAUAUUGCCGCCGAAGUCAUGCGGAUCACCAAGUAUGGAGCUCACGGAGUCAUUGUGACAGCGGCUACAAAGGAAGCCUACGCAUCAGCACCUGGAUUGCUUCGUCCAGGUGGUACAGUAGUUGCUGUUGGUCUGCCCAAGGAUCCAACAAUCAUCGCAGGUGCACCUCCUCUCAUGAUGUGCUUGAAGAAAUUGAAUGUUGUGGGCAGUGUUGUUGGCACAUUGAAGGAUGUUGAAGAAGCCCUUGACUUCACAGCUCGGGGUUUGGUACAUCCCAUCCUGACCAAGGGAACUCUGGAGGACCUGGACAAGUAUAUCGACCUCAUGGUCGCUGGUAAGCUCGCAGGCAGGGCAGUGCUCAAGGUGUCGUGA